UUCCCACUUUCAUUUUCCCAACACAUACAAACAAGUUCCAUCCCUAUAAUCACAAACCAUACCUUAAAUGGAAACUCCUACUUGGGUUGCCUAUGCCUCUGUCUGGCUUGCCACCGUAGCUCUGAUCCUCCUCUCUCGCCGUCUCCGCCGCCGGAAACUCAACCUUCCACCAGGCCCAAAACCCUGGCCCAUAAUCGGAAACCUGAACCUAAUAGGCGCACUCCCUCACCGUUCCCUCCACUCUCUUUCACAGACAUACGGGCCUAUCAUGCAACUCAAAUUCGGAUCAUUCCCAGUAGUCGUAGGCUCAUCUGUUGAAAUGGCGAAAGCCAUCCUUAAAACCCAUGAUGUAGCCUUCGCCGGCCGGCCCAAAAUCGCCGCCGGAAAAUACACCACUUAUAAUUAUUCAGAUAUCACAUGGUCACCCUAUGGAGCUUAUUGGCGUCAAGCAAGAAAAAUGUGCGUAAUGGAGCUGUUCAGUGCUAAAAGACUAGAAUCAUACGAGUAUAUACGCAUAGAAGAGCUGCGGUUGCUGUUGAAAAGCAUGUUCUUGUCAAGUGGUAACCCCAUUAACUUGAAAGAUCACCUAACUGAUCUUAGUCUAAACGUGAUUAGCAGGAUGGUAUUAGGGAAGAAGUACACAGUGAAGAGUGAGAAUGUGGAUGAGAUAGUGACUCCAGAGGAGUUCAAGGAGAUGCUUGAUGAACUGUUCUUGCUUAAUGGAGUGCUGGAUAUAGGGGAUUCUAUUAGUUGGCUAGCUUUCUUGGAUUUACAGGGUUAUAUUAAGAGAAUGAAGACUGUGAGCAAGAAGUUUGAUCGCUUUUUGGAGCAUGUGUUGGAUGAACAUGAUGCCAGAAGGAAAAGAGUUGAUAAUCAUGUUGCUAAAGACAUGGUUGAUGUUCUUUUGCAGCUUGCUGAUGAUCCUAAUCUUGAAAUCAAGCUUGAAAGAAAUGGAGUCAAAGGAUUUACACAGGACUUAAUCGCAGGCGGAACUGAAAGCUCAGCAGUGACAGUAGAAUGGGCAAUCUCUGAGCUAUUGAGAAAGCCAGAGAUAUUUGGAAAGGCAACAGAAGAGUUAGACAGGGUGAUUGGAAGAGAAAGAUGGGUAGAAGAGAAAGACAUUGUUAACUUACCAUUUAUUUAUGCAAUUAUUAAGGAGACAAUGCGCUUACACCCUGUAGCACCAAUGUUAGUUCCUAGACAAUGUCGUGAAGAUACGAAAGUAGCAGGCUAUGACAUUCCUGAAGGCACUCGCGUCCUUGUCAAUGUAUGGACCAUAGGAAGGGAUCCUAGCAUUUGGGACAACCCUGAUGAAUUUUGUCCUGAAAGGUUCAUUGGUAAGACAAUUGAUGUCAAAGGAUGUGACUUUGAGCUAUUGCCAUUUGGUGCUGGAAGGAGGAUGUGCCCUGGUUAUCCUUUAGGUAUAAAAGUGAUUCAAGCAAGUUUAGCAAAUCUUUUGCAUGGAUUUAAGUGGAAAUUGCCAGGAGAUAUGAAGAUAGAAGACCUGAAUAUGGAGGAAAUUUUUGGGCUUUCUACUCCUAAAAAGUUCCCACUUGUCGUUGUUGCUGAGCCUCGCCUCCCAUCCCAUGUUUACUCCCUGUAAUUCUUCCCUGGUUAUGAGUUAAUUGUUGGAUUCGGUCCUCUUUAAUAGCAAAUAAUGUUAUAACGAAUCUGCUAUUAAGAAAUAGAGAUUUUGAGUUAUUGCAAUAUUAAAUUAUAUGUUAUAUUUUUCUCUUUGAAUAAGAACAAUUUUCGGGGUUUUA